AGUUCGACCCCCUGAGGAGAGAAGCGGUCAAGUCUGAUCCCGGCCUAGCCAGUCGAGAAUCAAAAUUGUAGUCUGGUUAAUGCCUCCCUUCCCCAGAUUUCCUUUAGUUCUGUUCAAGCCUUUACUUGUGACCGACCUCCACCCACUUCGUUUCUCCUGAAGGUGAACCUCAGACUCAAACCUGAGGUAAGACCCGAGCCAUCUCUGCGGGAAUCUCGGAGACCCAUUUCCUCUCAGGGUCCGGUCAGAGCUCCACAAACGGAAGUUCAGCGGAUCUAAGUGAGUACUCGGAGACUAUGUCUGCAGAAUUCAUUUUAUCCACAAGAGAGGAGGGAAGUCCAGGAACAGGACCCAGUUUUAGGUCCCAUCAGAGGAAGAUAUUAAACCUGCUCCUGGAGAGAGAUUCUUCCUUUACCAUCUAUCCAGAUCUCCCUAGAACUCCAGUGGACAAACUUUUUGGUGAUUCUGUAAACCUGAGCAUUUUGUCUGGAGGAACCCCAAAACAUUGCCUUGAUCUUUCGAAUCUUAGCAGUGGGGAGAUGUCUGCCACUCAGCUUACCACUCCUGCAAACCUUGACGGAACUGGUCCUUUGGACUCUUCAGGACCUCAGGAAAUACAGUUAGCUCAGAGGAAUCAUCACCAGCACCAUAUAAGAUGCAGUCCAGCACAGCUGCUUUGUAGUACUCCAAAGGCUUUGGGCCAUGGCAACAAGAAGAAAGAUGCGAUGUGUAGCUCAUCCACAAAUAAAGAAAAUGACAAUGGAAACUUGGUGGAAAGCGAAAUGAAAUAUCUGGGCAGUCCCAUUCAACGAUUGGAUAAAACUCUAACACUAGGAAAAGACCAGCUAGAGGAGAUUUCAGAUGAAUUAAUGGAUUUUUCCCUGGAAGAUCAAAAAGAGACCAAGGGCUUAGGUCUCAAGAGAGUCUCUCUGUGUGACAUAAAUACCACUCAGAUACUGGAGGAAGGUUCUAACCCGGGGUGCCUGACUGGUGAUUUCUCCAAGGUAUGUGCACUGCCAACCGUGUCAGGGAGACACCAAGAUCUGAAGUACAUCAACCCAGAAACAGUGGCUGCCUUACUGUCUGGGAAAUACCAGGGUCUGAUUGAGAAGUUUUAUAUCAUCGAUUGCCGCUAUCCAUAUGAGUACCUGGGAGGACACAUCCAGGGAGCCUUAAACUUGUACAGUCAGGAAAAACUAUAUAACUUCUUUCUGAAGACGCCUAUUGUCCCUUUGGAUACCCAGAAAAGAAUAAUCAUCGUGUUCCACUGUGAAUUCUCCUCAGAGAGGGGUCCCCGACUGUGCCGCUCUCUGAGAGAAGAAGACAGGGCCCUGAACCAGUAUCCUGCAUUGUACUACCCAGAGCUGUAUAUCCUCAAAGGGGGCUAUAGAGACUUCUUUCCAGAAUAUAUGGUGCUGUGUGAACCACAGAGCUACUGCCCCAUGCACCACCAGGACCAUAUGGCGGAACUGCUGAGGUGUCGAAGUCAGAACAAAGCAUGGGAAGGGAAGCGGCAGCUGCAGGAGCAGAUUGCCUUAAUGGUGAAGGAGAAGAGCCCACAAUAAUAGGGGGCCAGCUCCUGAACAAUUGUAUCCAGGCCAGGAAGAAAUGCCAGGCCGAUCCCACUUGCAUUGCUGCUUACCACCACCUGAACUCCUGCACUUCUAGUAU